GCUCUGCCCCCCGUCCACAGGUGCCUGCAAGUGAGUGCGGCCCGCACGGCGCCGGGGCAGCCUCCCGUUCGCCGCACAGUGCCUGGCCCGGCCCGUUUUGUCGUUGCCUUCGCGGGCAGAGCUCACGCUUACAGUAGCUUAAACGGUUGUUCGUUGGUAGCCUUCCUGCUGCUGGCCGAGUACCUCUCGGUAGCACCGGUUGUACUCGUUGCGCUGUAGGUUGGGGCAAUGAAGUCGGUUGUGUUCGAGUCGUAGGUGAAGCGGUAGGUGUGACUGCGUGCUGCUGGGCGAGGCUCAGCCGCUGUGCGGGCAGGAAGCUUUGCUAGUGCAGCUGAAGCUUACAGUCUUUCGGCUUCUGUGACGUUAAAACAAAAAGAGCCCAUGUUUCGAAAUGUAAUUGGAAACUUGUAAGUUUUGUCCCUUAAGGAUUUUUUUUAGUACAAAACCAGUUUGCCUUAUCAUUCACUAAUAAAUUGCUGAGUUACGUUAGAAGCCUUUAAUACAUAUGUUAAAGAAGCUGUGUCUUAGUCAAUUCUUCCCAAAGUUUGAAGCCAAGUACUUUUCCUGCCAUUUUCCUUUAUAUAUUUCUAGUUUAAGAUAAUCAUAAUGAAGCUUCUGGGAGAUAAUUUUAACCUGAAAUGUUAUCAGCUUAAUUAAUACCUGAUCUGAAAAUGUCUUAUUUUUUUUUUUUAAUUCUCUUCCUUUUCAGCUCAGUGAUGAAAACGAACAGUUAGUCAAGAAGUUGAAAAAACUGCAUAUAAAAAAUAAGGACUUAGAAAAGAAUCUGGGUCAGAUCCAAGAAAAGCUGCAUCUGCAGCGGUUAAUGCGUGACUAUGGCACAAGCAGGGAGUAAGAAUUGUUGAACACUUCUUUCUGUGUCAAAAGAAAUGCAGUAUUUCAGGAUUUUUACCUUGAUACUCUCCAGAUGAAUGAAUACACCUGGUCUGUGUAUUCUGAGGGGCUGUCUGUGAACACACUGGUGGGGAUGGAGGAUGCUGGAGGCGUGUAAAGGAACAAAGGGUGGCUGGGGCAACUUGUACAAAAUUCACUGUUGUAGUGAAAGAGACAGUUUUAAUGUCAGUAGGUGAUACCCCUGCUUAGCCAACAUGUUAUCUCUGCCUGACUGCGGAGUUUUAGACUGUUUUCCUACCAAGCAGUAAUAAGAUAGUUAAAAUGCAUCAAUACUGUUUAAAAGAUUCGGAAACUGGGACCUUAGGACCUGAAAAACUGUAGUACUAGUGCUUUGGCGAGUGUCCUCGCAGGACUUGACUUAAGUACCUGUUUGCACAAUCUUUCAAGUUGAGAUUUUGAUGUGUUUGUGGUCCUGCAUUGAAACUUGUAUUCUAAAAUCAAGCUGAAAAGUAACUUAGGCUUUUUCAGUAGCUUCGUUUGAUCCAGUUAAAAUUGUAAAAUCUGAUUUUAUUAAGCUGUUUUGUUUGUUUCAAUUAAGUGUUCAAGUUCAAACAGAAACCCAUGUAUGGCACAAGGGUGGAUACAGCAAGGAUCUUAUUCUACAGGGUGACAGUGUCAGUCUACUUCAGAUGUAUAAUGAGCUACAGAAACGUUACGUUAAAGAAAUCAAAACAAACCAGGAGCAAAGGGAAGCAAUUAACAAUCUCACUUUUCUUGACAGAUUAAAAUUCAUGAGCUAGAGCAGAAUCUUCGAGAGCAGAAGCAAAGAAUUGAGCAACUAGAAAGUAAAAAGGUUUCUUGGAAAGCUAGUGCUGUUUCUGGAAAAAGAAGUCGAACUCCAGAAGAAGUAACAUCUCGCAGGGACAUUUCUAAAAAGCAGGAACCCUAUUGCAGUCAAUAUUUAGAGCUAUUGUUGAAGGAGAUUAAAAAGCUGAAGAAAGAAAAUGAAAAGUUGUCUACAGAAAGGAGAGCACUAAAAAAUCAAUUAGCUGGAUUAGACAAGGAUUUUUUUGAAGAGGUAGAAGAUCUAAAGCAUGCUGUACAGGAAUCUGUGAAACUGAAUAAUCAGUAUGAAAAGUGCUUGAAACAAAUAAGUGUGAUGUAUGGACUUCCUUUUACAACACAUUUGUAACUAUUGAUUAAUGGGAUUCUGUACUGAUAUGGGGCCCAACAUGAUCCUUUGACUAACCCAUAACGUUUUCACCUGAGAGGAGAACCGAGCCAUUGGGAAGGAGUCUUAUGCCGGUACUGCAAUGCUGAGUUCCAGCUCAACCGCUGUGAAGGAUCUUCUUUUAAAGAAGAGGCUCUGUUUCCUGCUGAAACUUGCGUGCUGUGUCAGCUCGGUGUUAAUAUUUUGUGAAUUUUUAAUUUAUUAUGUGGUAAUUUUUCAAUGCCGAUGGCCAGAAGUGAAAGGUGGAGCUCACAUGAGUAAAAAAGAGACCUCAACUUCAGUCCUAAAGGCCAUAAUUUUAGCUGAUACUCACCUACUUGGUGAAAUCAAAGGGCAUUGGCUGGAUAAACUAAGAAGGGAAUGGCAAAUGGAGAGGUCUUUCCAAACUGCCUUAUGGUUGCUGCAGCCAGAUAUCGUUUUUAUUCUGGGAGAUGUCUUCGAUGAAGGAAAAUGGAGCUUACCUGAGGCGUGGGCAGACGAUGUCAGGAGAUUUCGGAAAAUGUUUAAGUUCCCAGUUUCUACUGAGCUGGUGGUUGUUGUUGGGAAUCAUGACAUUGGAUUUCAUUACGAAAUGACAACUUACAAGGUAAACCGGUUUGAAAAGGUUUUCAACUUUACUUCAGGAAAGCUAAUAACUCGAAAAGGAAUAAACUUUGUCCUGGUGAACAGCGUAGCCAUGGAGGGUGAUGGCUGUACUCUCUGCCGUGCCGCAGAGGCAAAGCUUGUGGCGCUUUCUCACAAACUGAAUUGCUCCCAGCAGAAACCGAAUCAUUCUAACAAAAGAUGCAGUGAUGUGGAAAAGCUUCCAGCUUCAGAACCCAUCCUUCUACAGCAUUACCCUCUCUAUCGGAAAAGUGAUGCUGAGUGUACUGGAGAAGAUUCUGCUUCUCCAGAGGAGAAGAACAUCCCGUUUAAAGAGAAGUAUGAUGUCCUGUCUCAGGAAGCAUCACAAAAGCUGCUAUGGUGGUUUCAUCCCCGUUUGAUUCUCAGUGGCCAUACACACAGUGCUUGUGAAGUGCUGCACGCGGGGAAAAUCCCAGAAGUCAGUGUCCCGUCAUUCAGUUGGAGGAAUAGAAACAACCCUAGUUUCAUCAUGGGCAGCAUAACACCGACAGACUUCUCCCUCCAAAAAUGCUUCCUUCCAUAUGAGAGCAGAGUCUUUACUAUAUACUGUGCAGCAGGUGCUCUGCUUGUAAUCCUGAUACUAGCUCAUUUUCAGCUUCUCACUCCACCAUUUUAUUUUGCUCAGCAUUUAAUCAGUAAGCAUAAAGCAGUAUGAAGAGCCAGACAUCUGCAUUCAGUCACUGAAAUACCAAAGCUGAGAACAGUCAAACAUCAGACUAUAUUCAUGCCAGCAAAUGACCUAAUUUGAUUGCUAGUCUGAAGGCAGGUUGCAUUUACACAUACCAUAGAAGUCCUAUACAGCUGAUAUGACUACUACAGGAUAAAUAAUUAACUGAAAUGAGCGUUUCAUGCUGUACAAAAAUACUGUAUUCGACAAUCAAAUGAGUCCUUUUCCUGCUAUAAUUUUUGUAUCAAAUAUGUAUAUUAAAAGUGUAACUGUACAUUAUGUAAAUCCUAUAGCCUCAUCACGUCUCUGCGCUAGUGUCUUACCCUGGUGGAGGCUCAGUCCUGCAAACUGGAAAUGUUCCUCUGUUUUAUUGCUGCAUGGCCCUUCUAAUGUCAUACUCCUGUUUGUUAGGGUCAGGCAGAAACUAGAUACAUCAGCAUGGAGAGAUGUGGAUCUCCGUAACCUUUUUAGGAUGUUGUAUGUAAGGGACUGGGGUUUGGGACAAGAAAUCUUCCAGUUCCUGACACAUUAAAUUGUUAGCUGACUACAGUUUGCAGUUAUCGUCUACCAGACAACAACAGGAAGAAGCUCGUGGAUCCAGUUUGCUGAUACACACUUGAAACCUGCUUAAAAAAAAAUAGGGUGACACCUCAAGCUGCUCUUUUUAAAAAGAUGUGCUAUGAUGAGCUUAAAAAAAGAGGGCCCUAUUGCAUCCCAGAGAUCUGUGUGGUGAGGGGCCCUCCAGUUGCCGAUCUUCUGCAAGAAGGAAGGUCAAAUACAGCUGCAGUAACAUUAUCCUAUGCCUUGGCCCUCAGUCUAUGGACAGAUAGGGACAGGAAUGCACCGUAUUUUGGGUUCCUGCUGGGCUGCCAAGUUCUCUUCACUUUAUUAUAGAGUCACAAUUUGAACUGCACUAGCCCCUCUGAGGGGAGGCGGAGGCCCCUGCCGGGAUGGCAGCAUGGAGCUCAGCAUCUUCACAUGCUGGGUGUGAGGGAGGAUGUGACAAACCUACUGCUUCUCCCCACCCGCCCUAAGAAGAACCAGAGGGACUGUUUCACACCAGGACCAGUGUUCCUGCUGGCUUUCCUGCAGAGGCUGGGAGCUCUGACCUGAACUCCUGGGUCGGGGCCUGUUUUAAAGAAAAGACUAGCUUUUGUUAGUCACGCUAUUACUUUCUUUGGCACGGGAAGCGAGAAAAUCUUUGCUUUUGGGAAUUUUGUUUGUUAUUAGCUUAGUCCACCCAGCCUGUCACUUUCUAGGAAUUAUCUGAUGACUAAAUUGAGUGUACAGAUAUCAAAGUAUACACAUUUCUGGGAAGAGGAAACGGUCACAGUAUCUAAAAUGGGAUUGUUUAGCAUCCAAUAGAAACAAAUUCUCAAUUCACUUGUAGUCUGAAUUUAAAAAGGUGACUGAUUGGGGUUUAUAACUAAUAACAAUGCUUAUAGUAAAAAGUUAAUCAAACCUGCUGAUCUAUAUGCCAAUGUGGGGCAUGUGUUGUUAGCUCUUAAUCUCUCCCUAAAUUUAAAACAAAGUGGGGGGAAUGGUCCAAAGUGUGGUAAAACGUUCUAUAAAGUAAUGUAGUCUAACACUUCUCUAGGUUUCUGUUAUUGCAACUGUAAUUUUAGACAUUUGUACAGGUUAUCUUGGACACAGGAAAAGUAUAUAGUCACAGACAUAAAACACCUAUGUAUAAAAUAUAAAGCAGUGUUAUAGUUACUAAAAAGGACAUGCCUUAUUGCUACAGCAAUUCUUGCUUUUUAUAUAUUGUACUGUACCACAACUUGUUUUGAGAAUGUCAUUUGCAUAAAUUAUUCAAGUUUGAGAAAUAGUCACACGUUUUGAUUCUACAAUAUUUAAAAUAAAACCAUUUUCUAAUGUGUCUCUUUAUUAAAAGAGAAAUAAAAAUGUCAUCUUGUAAUUCUCUUAGGCCAGACACAAGGGUUUAUACACCUUUUUUUUAGUGUUUUUUUUCUUCUUUCUCGCUAUUUACUUGCACAAUGAAAGCCGCUGUUGGUACAAAGAUUGAAGAGCUCUAUAUAAUGGUGCUUUACACAUUCACAAUUGGUCUGUGCAAUUGUGAAGUUCUAUGAAUGACCGAAGAAUUACCAAACAUAUUUUCUAAAUCGAAAGGAAAAAAGAAGAAACUGAAAUCCUUGGUUCCCAUUAAAACAACACCAGGUUGCAAUUUGGACACUUGAAUGAAUUCCAAUGUUUUAAAGCUGAGACUUCAAAAGAGAAAGGCAUGUUUGCUGCAACAUCCGGUGACUGUAACACCUUACUUGGAAAGGUAAGUGGUUAAUUUGCAUAAUUUAUAAUUUUUAUACUAAAGAGCAUUUUUAUAUAAACCAGAAAAAAACCCCUAAACUCUACAGAUAAAGUUCUUACCUCCAGUCACUGCUGCAGGUAAGGUUGACAUCAAGCUGUACAGCGCAAUCAAAAACAUACUUACAUCUUAGCUCAUUUUACAGGUACAGCCAUAAUCAAGGCACAAAGAUCUUCUACAAGUAUUUUUCUUCAAUAAAGUUGUACAAAAUAAUAUUACAUUUUACAGUCUGUACAAUAUAAUAAACCAGCAGUAAAACAAAAAAAUAUAUAUAGGGAGAGGACUGUUGUCCAAGAAUGAUCUGAACUAAAAGGAUCAUUUGUGGACAGCACAAAUAACGUAAGUGAGGGUGGUAAAUUUUCUGCCUAGAUGCAACAGGCUGAAAAGUAGCUGUAAUUCAAAUGCCUGAGGUGUGCAGAGACACUUAGCUCCAAAACCCCAGAAAAAUUGCUUUGUCUUCACUUUUCCUCUCAUUAUCUACUCUACUUCCUGCGCCAGUAACGGCUUAAAAGAGGAGGUCACUUUAUCAGUUGACCUGCAACUCAGAAAUGCUAAAAACUGUGACAGAGUAAUAAAUAUUGUGGUGCUGCUACAUUGUGUGUC